UGGAUUUGAGGUUCAGAUAAACACAGACACUCCAGCUGUGGAAAUCGGGGGCUCUUUGAAUGUGACCUGCAGAACCACAUGUUUAAAUCCUAUUAUGGACAUGGAACUAAAACCAGGGCUAAUUGAAUACUGCAAUAAAGUUAACAACUCGAUCACAUGCCAAUUCCCAAUUGUGAAGAAGUGGGAUUUACCAAUGAUUUGCAGUGUAACGUGCAAAUCUGAAAACAAUAUUCUGAAGGAGGACACAAAAGAGAUCAUUGUGUACAAUCGAGAUCUUGUCAUUGCUCCACAUCCAGAAGUGAUGGAAAUUAACAAAACAUAUCAGCUGCAUUGCACCGGUCCAAGAGUGUAUCCAAACAACAAGCUCCAUCUCAAGUGGCUCAGAGGGAACAAAGUUGUGAAGUCAGUUAACCCAACGGAACCAGCAAAGUUUCCAGACAAUGUGACUCUGUUGGUCAAUAUCCUCAAUCUCAAUGCAAGCAAGGCUGAUGAUGGACAAGUGUACACAUGCUUGGCAGAGCUGGACUUGGACACAAAUACCACAAAAGAAAUCAAAUCCUCCUCCGUGACUCUGCAAACCUACUCUUUUCCAAAGCCUCCUAGAAUCCUCAACAGAAAGCCCAUUGAAGUGAAUGAGGAGGCCACGUUGGAAUGUGAGGUCCAAAAUGUCUAUCCAGCUGAGAAGUUGACUGUAACAUGGUUUCACAAUGAAGAAGAACUGAAGUCAGUUACAAAGACGUCAGCAUCCCACGAUAUCUGGGCAACAACAUGGACACCACAAGACACAGGACUGACUGAACUCACCUGCAGAGCAGAUUUUGAGGAUUAUCCAUUAAAUCUAACAAGGAGUGCCAACAUUUCCAUUGAGGUGUAUGUUUUCUCCGAACCUGUAAUCCAAGCAUCACUGACCAUCGUUGAGGGAAAACCGGUGAAUAUUACCUGCAGUGUGUUUAAUGUCUCGGGAGAACUUCAACUUACACUGAAGAAUGGAAAUACGUCUUUGCCAAGCGAAUCAUCCAGUACAGAGCACACUAUCUACCACACUUUGCAUCCAAAGAUGGAGUUGAAUGGACAGCAGUUGACUUGUGAGGCUAAACUGACACUCCAAAAUCACUCUGAACCCAUUGUUAAGCAACAGAAUAUCACACUCAAUGUGCAAAGUGAAGAAACCUCAUGGGCUAUCAUCAUGGGCUUUUCAAUUGUGGGGGCAAUAAUAAUAAUAAUGGCAGUAAUUUGCUGUUGCCUGAUCGACAGAGCUCGGAAAACAGGAGAACAUAAUGUACUGAAUCCAACACCCAGCAAACACCAAGAAAUCCCUCGUGUGAAUGAACCUCUGGACACUAUUCCUUUGCAGGAAGUGAUUUAAAACGGCAAUGACAAUAACUCACAGACUGGACCAAAUAAUAAAAGUUGCAUUACACCUGUGAGUUAGACGGACAUAUCACAACAAUUGUCUGAAUAUUGUUACUGAGGCGGCUCCUGAUUGCAAUGUUACAGUCGACUGAUGGCACUUACUCUAGGAAAUGUAACAACAGUUCAUUCUCAGGAAUGUUCUGAAUUUUGGGUCGUUUUUGUGUCCAUUUGUCAAACUCUGAACUGAUACCAGAACGCUGGCAACAAAGCCAGCUCAGCACCGAGAACAUCAGAGCCAUGCGACUUUUCUUCCCAUUGAUGGGAAUGGACAUUGGAUCACACACUUGGUGCAAUAAUCUUUCCAAGGUGAACUACUUGCUUAAAUUACGUGAAUGUUGUCUGAUAAAAAAUUGUCAUAAAUGGAUAAAAUGUGA